AUCACCCUCCUCUAAAUCCUGAAGUCUGUAGGUUACCUCUCUCUCUCUCACGGAUCUGAUGUCUUCUCUUUAUGCUUCACCCUCCACACUCCUUCUCUCUCCCGUUCAAUCCGCUUCACUCGAUAUCCCUCUCUUCUUGGGCUACAGCUACAGAAGCAGCCACUAUAAGAGAUUUGUCACUGCAACAACACUGUCGUUGUCUUCUACAAAUCGUUCAGAGCACGCACCAGUGCAUAGUAUCAACCUUGUUGACAGUAAUGAUAGAUUUCAGUUAAAAUAUUUUAUAGAUACAAUUAGAGGAUUACCCACAAAAGAAAGAACUGAAUUCCUCAGUACCUUUGUCAAAGACCGUGAGUUUCGUACCAUAUCUGACUUCAAUGAUCUGGUAAUGGCUUUAUUCAUUGCAGAAGAGCCUGACCUUGCUUUGGAACUGUUCUCUGAUAUGUCAUCUUAUGGGUUUGAGCCAGAUUCGUGGACAUUUUCCAUCGUGAGCAGGUGCUACUGCAAGAAAAAUCAUCUGGAUGAGGCCAAACGGGUCUUGGACCAGAUGGUAGAAGAGAAGGGUUUUCACCCAGAUGUUGCAACAGUCACCAUUCUCAUAAAUGGGUUCUGCAAAAGAGGUAGAUUGCAGAGAGCUUUUGAGGUUUUUGAUUUCAUGGGCAGAAUUGGUUGCAAACCCACUGUUCAGACCUACAAUUGCUUGUUGAAGGGGUUGUGUUAUGUGGGAAGGGUGGAGGAAGCAUUUGAGAUGCUGAUAAAAAUCAAGAAGGAUUCCGUGAAGCCAGACAUUUACACAUACACAGCUGUUAUGGAUGGUUUUUGUAAAGUGGGUCGGUCAGAUGAGGCAGUGGAAUUGCUUGAUGAAGCUGUGGAGAUGGGGUUGACACCAAAUGUGGUCACUUACAACACUCUGUUUAAUGGGUUUUGUAAGGAGGGGAGGCCAUUGAAGGGUAUUGGUGUUUUGAAGCAAAUGAAGAAGAGAAAUUGCAUGCCUGAUUAUAUCACUUAUAGCACCUUGUUGCAUGGGUUGCUGAAAUGGGGUAAAAUUCGCUCUGCGCUGCGAACUUAUAAGGAGAUGAUGGGGGAUGGUUUUGAAGCGGACGAGAGGAUGGUGAAUACUCUCCUGAGAGGGUUAUGCAGGAGAUCCUGGAAGGAAAAAGAUCUGCUAGAAAAUGCGUAUCAACUGUUUGAGAAAAUGAAGAAUGGGUUUUACGUCAUAGACCAUAGUACCUAUGGCCUAAUGAUUAAAGCUCUAUGUGUGGGAGAGAAAACUGAGGACGCUUUGGACAACUUACAUGAUUUUACACGAAUGGGGCAUUCUCCACAUAUAAUCACCUUUAACGGUGUAAUUCGAGCACUUUGUGCUGAAGGUAGAGUAGAUGAGGCCCUGUUAGUUCUGAUCCUCAUGGAUGAAGGAAGAAGAAUCCCCAACAAAAUUUCUUAUAACCUUUUAAUUGAGGAGUGCAAUAGACGGAAAUGGUUAUUGAGCGCUUGUAAUAUAUACGGCGCGGCGUUAAAGCGAGGGGUGAUUCCGGAUAGGAAGCCACGAUAAAGAGAUUUUAGUGAAGUAGAUAGUUUUACUCACGAGUUAAUGCUAUAAAACACAUUUUUUUAAUCUCAUAACUAUCUUAUAGUUAUCAUGUUGGUUGAAUCUAUCAUGUCAUAAUUGUGAAAUAA